GUCAGAGUGUUUUUGGUUUGAGGAGGAGAUUGAAGAGUUAAUUCUCUCUCUGUCUCCCAACUCCCAAGCUGAGCCCACGAUACUCUCUAUCUACGCCUAUGGUUGAGCUUGCAGUAUAACUGAUAGUGUGUGUGUGCGCCUGUCCUGUGUCUCCAUAAAUACAACCGCCACCGGUAGUCCGGUACAGAGAGCGAGUACAGAUCUGCCCACCCGCUGCGUUCCUAUACCGCCUUCCUCUUGCUUCGCCUCCUCGUCCUCGUCCUCCAACACCACCAGCUGAGAAGACCCGAUCGAGAGGUAAUUAACGUCGUCCAUGGUGAUGAUGGGUCAGCUGGGGCGUCUGGUGGACGGCAUCAAGUCCAGGCUGCGCGCCGGCGCCGGCACCGGAGGCAACAAGAGGGGCGGGGCGAGGAAGGCGGCGGCGACGACGACGACCACGGGGUACGACAAGGUGGAGAAGACGGAGAGCAUGCGUGUGGAGAUCCGCAGCCGCCAGGCGCGCAAGCUCAUCGCCAAGAACCUCGACGCCGCCGGCUCCGUCGGACGCACCGGCCGGACCAACAAGCGCUUCUUCCUCGCCUUCUGAUGCAUCAUCGAUCGAGCGUGGUUCGUCGUCUAUAUAUGUGUGUUAUUAUUUAUACGUAAGGUGCUAGUGACGGUCACGGAUACAUGUAUAUCAGUAUAUAUGUAAAAAGAAACAUGUAUCUGUCGAAUCAAUCAAACACAUCGGUCUCCCGACCCGUUCAUUAUUAUGUUUGAGAAAU